ACAGGAGGAGGAGGGAGGAGGUGACUCGCGAGCGGCUGCGCUUCAGACUCAGCGAGAGGAUCAUGGCGGAUGGCCCCAGGUGUAAGCGCAGAAAACAGGCGAACCCGAAGAGGAGCAGCGUGACAGACUUCAACAAUGGCUUGGAGGCCAGUUCGGACUCUGACGACGAGGACAAGCUACACAUCGUGGAGGAGGACAGCCUGCAGGAGCCGGAGGUCGCCAACGCCGAUGGGACCAAGACGCAGGACAGCCACGACGCCGCCACCACCACCACAACAGUAUUACCCCACAACGGCUGCUUGAACGGAGUGAAGGAGGAGUAUGUGUCAGAAGAGGAAGAGGAGGCUGAGGAGGAUACUCUAGUGGACGAGAUUCUCCAGCAGGGAGACACAGCCGUCAUCUAUCCUGAAGCCCCGGAUGAUGAGCAGAGUCCGGCAGAGACGGGGGGCGCCGAUGAAAACGGCACCCCAGACUCCUUCUCCCAGUUGCACACUUGCCCCUACUGCUCCCGGGGCUACAAGCGCAACGCCUCACUGAAGGAGCACAUCAAGUAUCGCCACGAGACCAGCGAGGACAACUACAGCUGCACGCACUGCAGCUACACCUUCACCUACCGCUCGCAGCUGGAGAGGCACAUGAGCCACCACAGGGGCACCAGGGAGCAGCGUCACGUUUCCCAGUCGACAGGUGGAACCCGCAAGUUCAAGUGCACCGAAUGUUCCAAGGCCUUCAAGUACAAGCACCACCUGAAGGAGCACCUGCGCAUUCACAGCGGUGAGAAACCGUACGAAUGCUCAAACUGCAAGAAGCGAUUCUCCCACUCGGGCUCCUACAGCUCCCACAUCAGCAGUAAGAAGUGUGUGGGUGCAGCACCUCCCAAUGGCGUCCCUCGAACGUCGAUCAAAUCCCCCGCACCCACCACCCAGACCACCCCGGCUGUAAUUGCUCCGGCCCGCAUGAUACUUAAAGAGAAGACUGACAGCAAACCCCUGCAGGAGCAGCUCCCCGUCACCCAGAUCAAAUCUGAACCUGUGGAAUACGAGUGCAAACCUGUGAUCGCGGCACCGGCAACUUCAGCCGGUACCAACGGCGGGACGGCACAGCCGGCUGUGGUUCCGACUACAACCCUCCCUCAGGGUUUGGCUAUGGUCGUCCCAACAGUCGGCCUCAUGUCGCCGAUCAGCAUCAAUCUGAGCGACUUGCAGAAUGUGCUGAAGGUGGCGAUGGAUGGAAAUGUGCUCAGGCAGGUGCUGGGUACAGCUAACGGGGUGGUGACGCAGGGGAAGCAGGGAUUUGUGGUCCAGCAGCCACAGCACCAGAUCAUCAGCCUGCCGGCCUUUGUGGAUCACGACGGCACCACAAAGAUCAUCAUCAACUACAGCAUCAGCUCUGCAGCCGCCACCACUACCCAGACUGCUGCGAUUGUUGCUAAAACCAGUCCUGCUCCCCUUCCCACUGUCACCACUGCUGCAGCCCCCACCCCCACCAAGACAGACAGACCCUCAACCCCAGAGGUGACCGACCUCUCUAUCGUAAAGACAGAACCAGAAUCAGUGGCCAUCACAGACAUGGAGACAGAAGCAGUCACACAGACAGCUCGGAUGCCAAAAGUCAACAGCACCAGUACAUGUUUACUAUGCGAUGACUGUCCCGACAACCUGGAGGCGUUACACCUCCUCCAGCACCGCAAGGCAGCCAAUGGGGAGGCCGUUGACUCCGCCGCGUUGGACCCCUCGUUCGCCGCUCUGCUAAGUGAGGCGGGGGUGACGCUGGAGGAGCCGCCUGUGGACGACCUCCUCUCACUCCUCAAGACCUACUUCGCGUCCAAUGCCAACCCCAGCGAGGAGGAGCUGACAAAGAUCUCAGAGUCUGUCAGUAUUCAUGUGGAUGUGGUCAGAAAGUGGUUUGCGAAGAUGAACUCUGGGAAAAAUGUGGGAAAAUACCGCAAAAUAGCCAUGGCGGUUUCAAAAAACACUGAAACCACAAAUUCCAGCUCAGAGGACGCCUCGAAUCAGAAUGGGGUGGCAGAGGAAGACAGUUCCCAAGAAACCUCCAACAAAGACUCAUCAGAAUCUGGCAGAGCUUCCCCAUCAGACUCUUCACCACUAAGCCGCGAUAUCGGGGACCUCAUCAUCGUUAAGAGCGAGCCUGAAGACCCAGACUUCGUGGACUCUCAGGCCGAGCCGCUUGACCUCUCCCUCCCUAAACAUAUCACAGCAGCAUUGGAAACCACCACGCCUCCCGCCAAGCAGCAGGAACAUCCGCUGAACCUGACCUGCCUGAGGAAGGAGCAGCUGGAGGGUCGAACCAUCUACGUCACCACGCCUCAGACCGGAAGACCUGCUAGCAUCCUCACUGCCGCACAGCUGCCCACGUUAGUGGCCAUCGCUGGUCAUGGCACAAUGAGCUGUCUCAAGGCCAUCAACACCACGACGAAACGCACCAUCCUCAUCCCCCAGCUCACGUACACCUACGCCACCACGGCCGGCAGCGUCACUGGAGCAAAGACUGUCGUACUGAACGGCCAUAAGGAGAAGAAGCUGGACAGCAGCUCUGACGGCGUCUCACCAGUGGAGGAGCAGAAUGACUCGGAUUCGGCCGCAAUGAUGAAGAAGCGACGGCUGGAAAACGGCGUCUACCCGUGUGACCUUUGCUCCAAAGUCUUCCAGAAGGGCAGCUCCCUGCUCAGGCACAAAUAUGAACACACAGGAAAACGGCCCCACGAGUGCAACAUCUGCAAGAAGGCCUUCAAACACAAACACCACCUGAUCGAACACUCGAGGCUGCACUCCGGUGAGAAACCCUACCAGUGCGACAAGUGCGGGAAGCGUUUCUCUCACUCCGGCUCAUACUCCCAGCACAUGAACCACCGCUACUCCUACUGCAAGAAGGACGGGCCGAACUCCGGCUCCGGUUCGGGGCCGCGCAGGGUUGAGUCGGAGCUCGGCAGCCCCGGUGCCGGACUGCAGUCGGACAGUCGGACCACGACCCCACCCUCCCAACUGGACUCAGACGAGAGGGAGAGCGAGGAAGAGGAGGACGAGGACGACGAGGCCAUGUGUAUGGACGACAUCCGGGUGGUGCAGGUGGACGACGGUGAUUGCGAGAUCUACGAGGGGAACUUUGAGGACGACGACGAGGAGGAGGGAGAGGAGAUCGCGGAGGAAGAAGCGACAGGAGAGGAGGAGGCAGAGGGAGAGAAGGUGGGUGAGGAGGUUGUUUGUGACGUGUUGGAGGUCGAGGUCCGGGAAGAUCACAUGGAAGACGAAAAGAUGGAAGAAACGACUGAAGAAAAGGAGGAAGCGACAGGUGCGGAUACGGAGGAAAUGCCAGACUGUGAAGCAAAUACGGACAAAAGCGUCAGGGAGGAGUCGGACGGCGCUGAACCCACAGAGGAAGUGGUGACAACAAACGCCAAAUAAAAGAUGGAAAAUGUCUUCGGGAGAGCUCGAAUGCCUCGGUUAACGAAGACGAGUCGAUUAAGACAAAACCGCAGAAAAGUCAAGAAAGUCUCGGCGGUUGCCUGAUCUUAACGGUCCACUACUGUGUACAAAAACCCAGGUGUGCCUGAACUUGAAAAAAAGAAAAACAAAACACUUUUUUUUUUUUUCUCGUGGAAAUGAAAUAUCAGUGUUAAAAAUUGUUUAUAGAAGUACAGAUUUUAAAGCAGAACUCACCCGUCAAACUCGUUACUGAGACAUCCCAGGUCGUUUUAUUGUUUGUUUGUUUUCAUUUGGUCAGUGUUACUAAUCUUGUUUAUUGUUUGAAAAACAUUUUAACCUGUAAAGAUGAGAAAAAUUUCUAUACCUUUUUAUUGCCAAUGAAGUUUCCUAAAUCAGUAUUUUAUUGAGUUCUACGAACAAAAACCUCUGCACUACAGUAUUCCUGGUUUACCUACGGAUACAUGCCUCAUGCAUUGUAUGCCCUUCAGUGUUAUAUACGUACACUAGCUAGCGAGAUGUUGUUUGCAUUGGUGUUAGUCUUUGCUAGCUAGCAUUACUUUUACUUUUCAGUUUGACUGUUAGCCUUAAGGAAAACUAAGUAUUCUUUGGGGGUGGGGGUGGGGGGGUGGGGGGGGUCCGGGAUGAGAAGGUGGCUCCUGUGCGCCAUAACCAAAUUUGUCCUAUCAGGGAAGGUGGAGUCACAACCUUAAAGCCAGCAUCAGGGCGCCAGUGUUUCGCAACCCGGCGCAGCCCGUGCGGGUGGAGUCUCCGGGGUGAAUAUUGAAAAGCAGGCUCCACCUCGCCCCCCGGCUCGGCCGAGGUUCCAGAAACACGGGCGCCCGUUCUUACCGAGCUUUUCCUUCUUUUGGUCGACUUUAGUAGUGAGUCAGUGUUUCAGUGUUAUCAGCUUGUACAUGAAGUCAUACUGUACGUGAAGGAACAGGGCUGUUCCCUGCUCCACCCCAACGCCUCCAGCCUUAUGCAAGACCUGUGUGCUGUUAAAAGUGCCAUUGAACAGUGUUAUCGUUUCUUCUCCUCACAUGUAGCCAGUAUUAUGUCCCACUGUUACUCACACAAGACCCAUAUUGACUAAUGUUUGUCGACUUGCACAGAGCAGCUUAUUUGCCACAAUUUUUUAAAAAAGAUGACAGAAACGAAUUAAUCAGUUAUCAGAAAAUCUGCCGCUGAUUUUUGCAGAUCGACUAAAUAAUCAAUUCAUCAACUAAUGCUUUUGCCUCUACAUGAUAUAUAUUUAAAAAGAAUGAAUAUGUAUAUUUGAUGUAGUUUUCAGCUGUGGCCCAGUUGACAGUUACUCAAAAAAAGUAGUUGAGAAGUUGUUAAGCUUUGGAAGUGUGUGGAAACCAUUGAGAAAUACAGUCCAGACUGAGCUUUACAUGCGGAUAUGAAAUGCCUUGUAAACUUAACGUGAUCAGUUUCCUGCAGAUGUUAAAACAUUUUUCUUUUUGAAUGCGAGUUAAUGUGUUUUGAAGUCAUGAGUUUUAAAAAUGUUUACAUAAGUGCUUAAAAAAAAAAAACCGAAAAUGUUCUGUUGAGGCAGAUUGAAAUACUCAAAGCUUAAAAACAUGCAGGGAAUGUUGUCCAGCUCCAACUUGACUCUCUGGAAAAGAAAAUGUACAAAAACCCCCCAAGAUCAAUUUCAAAUCAAACGUAGGCGGAAGGAUUUUACAUUUUGCCAAACCUGUGCACUUGUUUUCAGAUGAUUUGUGGCAAGCUGUCCCGCACUUCAGGUAACAAACGUUAGUGAAGGUGGUCUCUGUCAAGGUGUUUUCAGUUGGUUCUACCGAACAGUGUUUCUAAUAUUAGUCUGUUUUAUUGUUUUGAUGUGUCCUCUGUAUGUUUGUUUUUUUCCAACAAUGGCAGUAUUAGAACCCUUUCACAGAUUAAAAAAUAAAAUGUACCUGUUUAGUUUUUAGAAGACUUUUUUAUAUUUAUGUGUCUUAUUUUUAUAUUUUCUUUUAUGGUUAUUUAUUACACAUUGUAGUGUACAUUAAUGUAGUUUGAAUUGAUACAAUAAUAUAUUUUAGUAUGAAAAAUAAUCUCAAGACAAACAAAAACAAAAAAACCCAAAAUGUGGUUCUGGGAGCUGAAGUUUGUUUUAACAAAAAAAAAAAAAAAAAAAGAUAAAAACAUGUGUUCUGUAAACAUGACUUCUGUUUAAAGCUAAAAAAAAAAGAAAAAAGUCAGGAAUGAAGUGAGAAAUAGAAAGUGUUACAUGUGCAUCCGCGUCGUUAUGAAGCUACUGAAUUCUAAAACUCUGAUUUUAAAGAAGCAUGAGUCGUCGCCCUUUUAAUGAAGGAUCUUGUUAUGAAGCCUCCCUUUUUUAUUUCGAAGCCAAAUUUAGAUCAUCCCGCCGCCCCGUUUUCUGUUCUGUGCCAACUCGUUCCAUUGUACUGUCGAAGGCUGCAUAUCCUUUGUUCUGUCCUCACCCUUUGUACAUCCACUGUCUUUUUGUAUUGUUUUUAUUUUUGCUCCAUUUUUAUGACUCCCCAUCACAAUAAAAUAUAAGACAGCAUGUCUGA